AUGGCGGAGUCCAACGCAAGCGAGUACCGGCAAUAUCUGCCCGACCUGAGUCAGCCCCGGUUCACGACCAUGGCAACGCAGGAUGCGCGAGUGUAUGCCCAUGCGUUCAAAGAAAAGGGCAUCCCGCCCUGGCUGCACGCACUGUACCUGCAUUGGCUGGAACUUCUGAAGGAGCCGUUCAAAGGCGUAACCAACGAUGGUGUCGUGCGACCGGGCCUGUUCCCCGUGCAAGACGAAGGCAUCCCGAUCGACACCAUCGUCGUGACGACCAACCACGCCCUUUCCUUCCUGACAGCCGAACAGCUGGCAAAGCUGUCGUACCACAUCGAUUCCCCGGAAUGGCGGACGUGGUCGAACCCGGAGUUCCUGCUUAGUGACAAGGGCGUGCGGCUCGACGACCUGACGCCCCAGGUGCGGGACAGUAUCAUGGCAAUCCUUCGUGCGACGUUAUCCCCGGAAGGCUACGACAAGGCAGUGGCAGCGAUGCGCAUUAAUGGCUUCUUGGGCGAGCUAGUCAAAGCUCCGUCAGUGAUGAACGAGUACAGCUACAACUUCGUGCUGUUCGGCGAACCAUCGACCACACGGCCGUGGGGCUUCAGCUUCUACGGCCACCAUCUGUGCCUGAAUAUCUUCUUCUACCGAACGCAGAUGAUCGUCUCGCCUUGGUUCACGGGUGCCGAGCCCAAUGAGAUCGACGCCGGCGAGUUCACGGGGACGCGUAUCUUGCACGUUGAAGAACAGCUCGGUCUCCGGCUAAUGCAGUCGCUUUCCCCUAAACAGCAGGGCCAUGCCCAGAUCUACAAGCAGAUGAAGGACCCCGCCAUGCCGCGGGGCCGCUGGAACCACGAUGAUCAGCGUCACCUCUGCGGUGCAUACCGCGACAAUCGCGUCGUGCCGUACGAAGGCAUCCUCGUGUCGUCGAUGACCGAAGACCAGCAGUCCCUGGUCCGCGGCAUACUGGAACAGUACUUGCUCUACCUUCCACAGCGGGCCCGCGAAAUCCGAUUGAAGCAUAUCGAGUCGAUGUUCGACGAGACUUAUUUCUGCUGGAUUGGCGGGUUUACUGACACGGAUCCCUUCUACUAUCGUAUCCAGUCCCAUCUCGUGCUUGUCGAAUUCGACCAUCAUUCCGGCGUGUUCUUGAACAAUACCGAUCCCGCCAAAUUUCAUAUUCACACUCUCUUGAGAACACCUAAUGGUGGUGACUACGGCAUGGCACUUCGUCCGCAAGUCGAGGGUAUCGAACAGAAGUUCUUGUGGAGCGAAGGUGGGAAUGAAAGAUGA